GCUCCAGCGAACGGACGCAGUGCGCGGGCCAAAUUGCAGACGAAAAUAAAUACAAUAUUCGUAUUCGGGAGUUCGACCAAUGACUAUUUAUAGACUCCGUUUUGUUUACGUGUCGUGACGUGUGUGCCAACAACAUUCACAACAUCGACAGCAGCAGCAACAAUAGCGAAUCAGUGCUAACAGUGGCAAACAGUUAAAUAAAAAGUAAAUACAAAAAAAGAAAAUACAAAGUCAAGAAAGUCACAGUCAUGGCAGCAGACAUGUCACUAGCCAGCACCACGGAUUAUCCGCUGCCAGAGACAACCACGAUGCCCAGCAGCGGGGAGCUCUAUGCGGAGUUCAUCUCGGCACCGGCCAGCAGCAUGAGUCCCGCUGCCAUCGCCGAGCACAUGCAGCAGAAUCAAAUCACAUUCGAGAUACCCACAGCGCACGAUCUGCGCCACAUCGAUGCGCUGCACUCGUUCAACACGCUGCUGCAGCGGAUUGGGAAUGCGGCCGGCAGCUACGACUCCGCGCCCCCGGCCAGCAUCAGCACCGAGCAGCUGUCCAAUUCGGUGGUGCUCGAUCUGGCCGAUCUGCGGGAGCACAAUGCCGAUGCCGAUGCCAAUUCCACCUGGGAGCAGAUCUUUGGCGAUGCCGACAUGCACGCCAUUGUCAACUAUCUGUGGAUUGGCGUUGUCACCUCGCUGGUGGUGCUCUCCCUGGUGUUCAUCAUGUUUAGCUGUUACUUCUAUCGCAAGUUCAGGACCUGGAAGAAAUGCAACAAGGACAUACGCGCACAGCUGCAUGCGGCCAGCGACUCGUACUCCUCGCAUGGAGCCAGUCAUCACCUGAUCAGCUACGACGCCAGCCGAUUGCUGCAGCAGGUGCCCGGCAAUGGCAGCGGCAGCGCCAGCGGCAAUGGCAGCUCACCUGGCGGGGCCAAUGAGGCGGGCUUCUAUCAAAUUGAAUCGCCACCCUGUUAUACAAUUGCCACCGGGCUGCCCAGCUACGACGAGGCGCUGCAUCAUCAGCCGCGCCAUUUUGCCUACGGCAUGAAGUUCGUGUACCCCAGUCUGGCGGCUGUGCAUCAUCAUCAUCAUCAUCACAGUCACAGUCACAAUAAUCAACGUGCGUGCAUUAGCGGCUGGGCAAAGGACGCAGUGCAGCAGAGCCCGAAGAAGAAGCUGCAAAAGUGCAAACUGUCAGCAACAGUCGAUCAGGCACAGACACAGACACAGAUGCAGUUGCAGUUGCAGGCGCAGACAGAGGACAAAGCCUCGCCAACCAUUUGCAUUAACAUGCCGGAUGAGCAGGAGCUGCGGAAUGAGCUGGAGCUGGACGUGGAGCAUCGAAAUGCGACGUCCACAGCAACGUCGACUUUGCUGCCGGCAGCAGCUGCUGACGACGAUUGCGCCUCAUUGGUGGUUGUUGUUGCCGCGUGAUUGCCCAGCAACUAAAGAGCCAGAGCCAGAGCCAGGCCAGAGCUGGACGAGAGCUGUGGCC